AAGGGACCAUUAUAGUUGUACAAUUGUCAUUGAAUCGUGGGCUAACACCUAUCGAAACUCGACAAAAACGAUUCGUUCAUGCCAUUUUGCCUGUUUGAGCAUCAAAAUGGCUCCAGCAGAAUUUGCUCCACAACACAUCGGGGGGCCGCCAGUGAAUUUUCACCCAAAUUCAAAAUCGGGCCCCGAGUCCACCUGCCGAAUUAUCGGCUAACACCCAUCGAAACUCACCAAAAAUGAUCUAUUCGCGCCGUUUCACUCGUUUGACCACUGAAAUGGCCCUAGGAGCCCCAUCGGACAUAUCCUAGAACUCACAUAGCCUGAGAAAUAAACGAUGAAACUCGUUAAGCUAAAGCAAAUAAUACAUGUCAUGAACUUGAAUCGUUUGCUGGUAUAUAACCAAACCAUUAAACAAUCACUCACCCUUUGCCUAAAGUAAAUGACCAAACACCUCCGCCUAUACAAAAAAUCAAGAUUCUUGGCACUUUUUCAUACUAAUAAACCCACCAUUUUCACCGAAGCUUCAAGCUUUACUACUACUACAACUACUCCAUGGAAUACCCAAUUAAGAAAUCUCUCAAAACAUGGCCAAUAUUACCAAGCACUCAUUCUUUACCAUCAAAUGCUUCAAUUUGGAGCCACCCCAAAUGCCUUCACUUUCCCAUUUGCUCUCAAAUCUUCAGCUUCCCUCUGCGUACCAUUAACUGGAAAACAACUCCAUUGUCAUGUUAUCAAGCUUGGUUGUGAAUCUGAACCUUUUGUUCAAACUGCAUUGAUAUCUAUGUACUGUAAAUGUGGCUUGAAUGAGUUUGCACAGAAGAUGUUUGAUGAAAUGCCUGAAAGAAAACUUGGUGUUUGUCACAAUGCUUUGAUUUCUGGGUAUGUGAGGAAUGGUGAUUUGUUAAAUGGGUUUUUGUUGUUUGGUGAAAUGAGGUUGAAGGGUGUGUCGUUUAACGCGGUUACUGUUUUGGGGUUGGUUCCGGGGUGUAGUGAUCCGGGGUUGUUGUCAUUGGGGAUGUCGGUGCAUUGUUUGAAUGUUAAGUGUGGAUUGGUUAAUGAUUUGGCUGUUGUGAACUGUUUGUUGACAAUGUACGUGCGUUGUGCGUGCAUGGAGUUAGCGAGGAAGUUGUUUGAUUGCAUACCGGAGAAGGGGUUGAUUACUUGGAAUGCCAUGAUUUCUGGAUACGCGCAAAAUGGGUUGGCUGGUGAAGUUUUGGAGCUUUAUAAUGAGAUGGAGUUGUUGCGGGUGAAUCCUGAUGCAGUGACGUUUGUUGGAGUUUUAUCAGCUUGUGCUAAUCUUGGUGCUCAAAAGAUUGGUUUUGAGGUGGAAGAGAAAAUAAGGUCUAGUGGUAUGAGGUGUAACGUGUUCUUGAAGAAUGCUCUAAUAAAUAUGUAUGCUAGAUGUGGUAAUUUGGCGAAAGCGCGGAUUAUAUUUGAUGAGAUGUCAGAGAAAACCUUGGUGUCCUGGACAGCAAUAAUAGGGGGAUAUGGCAUACAUGGGCUUGGAAACAUUGCUGUGGAGCUUUUUGAUAAGAUGAUCGAGACUGGCAUUCAACCUGAUGGAACGGUGUUUGUUAGUGUUCUAUCUGCAUGUAGUCAUGCAGGGUUGACUAAAAAGGGGUUAGAUUAUCUUGAUCUGAUGAAGAGGGAGUAUGGGUUGAAGCCAUGUUCACAGCACUAUUCUUGUGUUGUGGAUUUAUUAGGUCGUGUUGGUCGACUUGAGGAAGCUCACAAACUUAUUGAAUCGAUGGAAGUUGAACCUGAUGGUGCUGUAUGGGGUGCCCUUUUGGGUGCUUGCAAGAUCCACAAAAAUGUUGAACUUGCAGAAUUAGCUUUUAACAAGGUUGUUGAGCUUGAGCCGACAAACAUAGGCUAUUACGUGCUACUUUCCAACAUCUACACAGAGGCAAAUAAUUCAGAAGGUAUAAUAAGAAUUAGAUUGAUGAUGAGAGAACGAAAGCUCAAAAAGGAUCCUGGUUAUAGCUAUUUUGAGUGUAAAGGGAAAACUCACCUCUUCGUGGCUGGCGAUAGAAGUCAUCCUCAAAUGAAAGAGAUUUACAAAUUGUUGAAUAAAUUGGAGGAUACUGAAAGUGAGCAUGGAGGAGCAAACAAAAAUGGUCAGGAGAUAAUAAUUCAAGAACAUCCUAAUACGAUGGGCGUACAUAGUGAACGUUUGGCAAUUGCAUUUGCUCUCCUGAACACUGAAAUAGGGACUGACAUUCUUGUUAUAAAGAACUUAAGAAUAUGCAGCGACUGUCACUCGUUUGUAAAGCGAGUCAGCAACAUUGUGGAUCGGUUAUUCAUGAUCAGAGAUGCCACCCGUUUCCACCAUUUUAGAAACGGUACAUGUUCUUGUAAUGAUUACUGGUGACUGAUGAGACUGGAUAAAUGAUAACAAGAACUUAGCCGGCAAGCUCAUUAUAAAGAUGGAAAACAGUAAUGUAUGCUCUCGGAAUCUUGAAGCCUGUGGCAACAUGAUGCAACUUUGCUUUCAUCAAGUCCCCGGGGUAUCUCAACUGAACCAAACAUGCGCCCCAUGCUAGGGAUCAUAUGUUGACCUAUGUGAGCCAUACAAGAAAGAACAUGCAUUCACCAGAAGUUGGAGAGUUCAGUGACCAUGAGAUAUGAGCUGCUGUCAUCAUUAAUACAAAUCUCUCAGUCGCUAAUAGACUCUAUCCUCUUUCAAAAGUUUGCAUCACAAGAAAAUAAGGGCAAACAAGGGAUCGCCUUUGAGAACAAUGUACGAUGGAGGUAUUUGCUUCCUUGAGCACGAAGUUAAGGGGCAAGAAUGUUGAGACCUUUCGAGGAGGGACAAGAAUAUGGUUAUCUUCUUCUAAUAGACGCAAGACUUAGCGCCCGUUUGGAUUAGCUAAAUAAAAGUAGCUUUCAAGCACUUUUGAAGUGUUGGAGCCUGGAAAUGAAUUAAGAACUUCACCAUCAUUCUACAAAAUGUUCAUUGAAUGUGAUAUAUUCUGUUCUCUUUUGUGCAAUGCUAGUGCCUCACUUUCAUUC